AAUCAAAAUGAUUACCGACGUGCAAUUGGCGAUUUUCUCCAACGUUCUGGGAGUGUUUCUGUUUCUCCUGGUGGUGGCUUAUCACUACAUCAACGCCAACACGGGAAAGUCUAGCCCAAAGGCGAAAUGAUCGAUCAUGUUCACGGAAAUUACCUAUACUUUUAUCUUAUAAUGCUGCUUCAUUCGCAAAAUAAAUAGUUAUGUAAAUCUAA